UCAUUUUUUAAUGUGAAUAUUUGCUGAUUUUGUAGUUUUCUGUGAGUUUAAACUCAACAUAUUUGGGAUUUUGCUUAAAUAUAGACUGACUUUAUGAAUCUUCAGAGGGAAAUUCUGUUGUAACAGCAGCUGAUAUUCAACAAGACAACAGUGAAGGUAAAAUAAAUAAGAAUGUAGAAAUAAAUAUCUAGCCAGCACUGACCUGUUUUAAUUCCUCUGAGACUCAUUCAGUCUCUGCAGGUUUGAUUUUGAAGUUUCUUUUUUAAUUUCCUGGAAGUGUAACGACGACAGCUGCUGCUCUGACGGUGCUUUCCGGUAAAUGUGUGAGGCGGAGAUAAGCACCGGGGGCGGGUCCUGACCACCAGCCGCCUGCAGAGCCUGAUCAUCGGCGGAGUUUAACGGAGCAUCAUGACGGGAACCGGAGCUCUGACGGUGCUGCUGAGCUGCGUCGGUUUCGUGCUCGGCUCUGGCUCGUUGUCUCACGUGGAGCGUUUCGAGGUGGUUCGACCUCAGAGGCUUCAGCAGAGACAGAAGAGGAGCCUGCAGGACGACCAGAUUUAUCCUGACUCGGUUCGGUACGAGUUGACCAUCGAGGGGAGAAACCACACCAUUCAUCUGGAAAAAAACUGGAAUCUUAUUGGGAGAGACUACACUGAAACGCACUAUUCAGAGGAUGGAAGACGAGUGGAAACGUCGCCAAAGGAGGAUCACUGCUUCUAUCAGGGAACGAUCCAAGGAGACGACGAAUCCUCGGUCAGCGUGGGGAUUUGUUCCGGCAUUAGCGGCUUCCUGAAAACUCGGCAGCAGGUUUACCUGAUAGAGCCUCUGGAACAAACCGACGACGGGGAGCAUGCAGUCUACAGACGAGAACAUCUGAAGAUGAGCAGCAGCGUCUCCUGUGGAUCUUCUAACAGCACCAUGACGUACGACCAGGACCAGGAUCUGGGCCCUCAGCUCGCCGGCCUCUUCAGGUCCAGAUCAUGGAAAACUAAACCAGUCGCAGGUCCAGAGAGGUUUGUUGAGCUGUUCGUUGUCGUGGACAACACCGAGUACAAACGAUACGGCAGUGACACCAAACCCAGAAUCCUCACAGCUGUCAAUCACAUCGACAAGCUGUAUCGACCUCUGAACAUCCGCGUCAUGCUGGUGGGUUUGGAGAUCUGGAUGCACAAAGACUUCAUCAACGUCGAGCUGAACUCAGAAAGGACUCUGGACAACUUCCUGCUCUGGCGUCAGUCUGACCUCCUGAAGAGGACGAAGCACGACAACGCUCAGUUUGUGACCGGCAAAGACUUCGACGGGGACACGGUCGGACUCGCCAACAAGUUCGCCAUGUGCACCGGGAACUCAGGCGGAGUCAACCAGGAUCACCAUGACAACCCCAUCGGCCUCGCCUCCACCAUCGCUCACGAGAUGGGACACAACUUCGGUCUUUCCCACGAUGCAGCGGGGUGCCUUUGUGGUCCGUACGGCAGCGGGAACUGUGUGAUGGCAGAAAAACUCAGGACGGGAAACGCCGUCUUUCCGGAGCUCUUCAGCGGCUGCAGCGUGGAUCAGCUGGCCGAGUUCCUGGAGCGAGCUCGGCCCAGCUGCCUGCAGCGGCCGGCCUCGGUGCGGACCCUGGCCUCGGGGCCCCGCUGUGGGAACGCCCUGCUGGACCCCGGGGAGGACUGCGACUGUGGCACCGAGGAGGAAUGUACCAACCCGUGCUGUGAUGCUUCGACCUGCCGGCUGACUGAAGGCUCUCAGUGUGCUCAUGGAGAGUGCUGCGACGGCUGCCAGCUGAAAGCGUCCGGCAGCGUCUGCAGGAAGUCGGUGGGCGACUGCGACCUUCCAGAAUAUUGCACCGGAGCGUCCAACGAGUGUCCAGAAGACAGCUUUGAGAUGAACGGAAAACCGUGCUACAGCCACAGUCAGGGCUUCUGCCACGACGGACGCUGCCCGAACCGACAGCAGCACUGCUGGAGGCUGUUUGGACCAGGAGCCAAAGAUGCUCCAGAUAUCUGCUACAACCUGAACAAACGAGGAGAAGAAGGCGCAAACUGUGGGAAAACCAAAUUCGGCUUCACUCGUUGUGCUUUAGCGGAUCAAAAGUGCGGCUCUAUCUUCUGUGAAGGCGGCGGUGAGUCUAUAACGGGGAAACGAGCCUCCUACACCGUGUUCAGCCUAGAAUGUAAACUGCCCGUGGAGGACGAUAAAAGCAGGAACCUCGACAUGGUGCCCAGUGGAGCCCCGUGUGGACCAAACAAGGUUUGCCUCAACAACAAAUGUGUGGACGUUUCCGUUUACGGGAAAAAGGAGGAAUGUUCCAAGAAAUGCAACAACAACGGGGUGUGUAAUCAUAAGAACGAGUGUCACUGUGAUCCCGGCUGGGCUCCUCCGAACUGCGACCUCCAGUACGCCGAUUUACCUCAAGGUCAGACGGGGAUCAUAGCCGGUGUCUGUGCAGCUCUUUCCAUCCUGCUGGUUAUAACUUUGCUGGUCGCUGGACUCAUGUGCUGCAAGAAGGACAACAUGGACAACUACACCUCCAAAAGGAAAGUGCAUUCAGCUCCAGACAAGCUGAACCCGAUGUUCCAGGAGGGCAGCGUUAAAGACAGACCUCAGAUCAGCCAGCCCACCUUCAUGGAGUCGACGGCCACUCAGGCCUGCAGCCCUCUGAUGGUUGCCGUGACGCCCAGCAGACCUGCUCCUCAGCCACCAAAGAAAGCGUCCAACACAUCAGCAGAAACUGAGCCGACCAAACCUCUACCUCCAUCCAAACCUCUACCUCCGCUCAAUAAAACACAGCAUAAAGCAGCCAGACCCAGUCCCCCUCCUGUACCUCCAGUGAAGCCCAGCCCUCCUCCUGCAGCCAGAUUUAAACCUUCUACUCUUCCUCAGCCUCCAGCGAAGCCUCAAGCUUUCAGACGCUCAUGAAACUCUCAUUAGGACUUCCAUCUUCAACCAAAGCAUUCAUGGCGUACACACAGGAAGAGAUGGAUCCUCUGAGGUGUCGUCAAGUUUAGUCACAGAGGCCAGAGAGUUUGGAAAAGUUCCCUCUUCAGGAAGUUGAUCAGUUGAAUCUUCACCGAUUGAGAAUGUGUUAAAAGACACGAGACCAACAGCUGCUCAGCUGCUGUGGAAAAGUGAUUUAUUUUGGUGCAGACAUUUGAAUUUAACUGCUGUUGCAGUUGUUACUGUUCUCCGUUUGUUAAACUGUCCUUUCUGCUAACUUUAUCUUGUUGCACUUUUAUAAGACGCUCAAAUGAAAAUGUUGUUUUUGAAUAUUUAUUUAAUGUCUAAUUUAGGGACUGUAUGAACACUUUUUAAUGGGGAGAGCAGGGCAAGUUCAUUUAGAUUUAGGUUUUAAUUUAGCUUUAAACUGAGCUGCCUAAAGCUUGAUUAACACUCCUGCAUUGAACAACAACCGGUCGCUCAUCCACAUGACACUGCAGAGAUUUAUCUGGUUAGCCUGUAGCUUUACGUCACUUUACAGAGUAUUAUAGCAAGGUUUGGCUCAUUGAUUGGCUGUUUGGCAAGAAACUUCACUGUCUCGGGUUACUCUUGCCACUCUUAAGCUGGGAUCUACAUCACUCGGACACACAGAUGUGCCUUACAGAUGUUAUUUUCAGCAGCAGAUGCCACCAUAUGCCUUAAACUACCCGUCUAGCUGGUAACCGUAGUGGAGCGUUUGGCAGAUACUUCCCUCAGGAGGUGGUGGAGACCAAAAUCAGAGCUAAAAGAGACAGAAUAUUGGACUUGGAUUGACAGCUGGAUACAAACAUGACUUCAAAGGAAUAAAAAGUUCUGUAACUGCUGCAUUUAGAAUAAUAAUAACUUGGUUCUGCUGCACAAAAGUGGCCAAAAAAAAUCUAGUGGCGGUUCUAUGUCUCUCAUAUUGAAAGUGAGUGCUAGACCUUUGCAUAUCAAUGAACAUGUGCUACUUUCAAGCCAAAUGAGUAAACGCAAUGCUGAUUAAACCCUGUUAGCUUCAGGUAAAUUCCUCUGUGGGAGUUUUUAAUCUCAAGCUGGUGCGGUAGCAACCGAAACCACAACUGUAGCAGCAGAUAAGCUGGUGGAAAAACCUAGGAGGUAUUCAAGAAAAAUUGCUGAUAAAAAAGAAAGUCUACGUAACGGACUAAAAAAAACAAAGCAUGACGAGGCAUAUGUUACAACUGUGCAACAACAUUUCUAUAAUUACAAUCACUGCCAGAAGUUUGUGCAAAAGUUGUGCACUGCAACAAACUAAUAAUAUACAAUUAUUGCAGGAAUCCUAAUUCAAACUUGAACACCGUUACAUUCUGAUAAAAUAUUAGGUGGGAGUUGUUUCUAAGCCGAGUGGGAGCCUAGUUUCCUUUUUUAGUUUUCAUACAGUCCCUAAACUGGGUCUAAGGUCAGUCUGUGCCUUCUACCAGGUGAUUUUUUUUAAACACUGUACUUGAAAACCUCUGCAUGGUACAUCAGUGUGGGAGUUUCUGCACACUUCAGAUAACCGGUGUGUUACUGUGGUUCAACCUGAAUCCCUUCUUUGUUUGUUUUCAGUCCCAGUUGGGUGUAUGACUGAGCCUCGAGGAGCAAUUACUUUUCAGUUUUUAUUUUACUGCACUGAUAUCUUCCUGGGGCAAAAGUCACGGGGGUUUUAUACCUUACAAGUUAAAUCGGGUGCUCCAAUAAUGCUUAAACGUGACUUGAUUGUUAAAACUUUCCUAUGAGUGGCUUUUUGUUGCAUUGAAUAAAGUGCACUUUAUUUCAACAA